AUGAAGAAGCCGGACCAGGAUAUCAGGCUGAGAGGGCGCGUGACGUGGACGGGGAAGACGACGCUGGAGGCGGAGGUCCGGAUGGAACAGCUGAAAGGUGAAGACUGGCGGGUGCUCACCAAGGCCUUCUUCGUGUUGGCCGCGCGGACCCUUCACAACGAGCCGAUGGAGGUCAACAGGCUGCGGCCCACCACACCCGCAGAGGAGAAGAUAGUCGCUGCUGGAAACCAGAGGAGGCAGCGGCGCUUCGAGCUGGCGGACGACCGAUCGCUGCUGCAGGCGCCGACCAGCGAGGAGUACGCGAUGCUGCACAGCAACUACCUGGCCACGCUGGCCGGCGGCAACCUCUCGCCCGCCUGCCUGCCCGAGACCCCGCGGCGGGCCGGUUGCGAGCGCCUCAGCGAGAGCCGCCUCACCACAACCGUCUUCGCGCACCCCAUAGUAUGA